UUCAAUCCCUCUCCAAAAAGAAAGUUUUAGUUUUCAAUCUUCACCUGUUUUGGCCUUUCUUUUCUUUUUUCUUUGGAUCAAAAUCUCAAUUUCAUUUAAGUUUGCUGGAAUUGGGAAUUCUUUCUUUCUUUUUUCUUUUUCUCUGAUUCCCUCCAAAAAAGGGCCUUUCAGAUUCGGGUUUGUUUCAGGACUACUGAUUUACCAGAUCCGAGUUCGCCAAGUCUCAACUUUAGGUACACUGAAAAUUGAACCUCAAAGUCAAUUUUAGCAUUGAAUUUUAUUUCUUCAAAAACUGGGUUUUUCUUUAACUUCGAGAAACACCAGAUUGGCAACCGAUGGUUUUUGCUUUGAUCUUUUUAAUUUUAUGAGAAUUGGGUUUGAAAGAAAAUUCUGCAAGGGAAGUAGAUUUUCUUUUAUGAUCUGACGCUUGGAUAUAAGGAAAUUCUUUUGGGGUUCUUUUUGCUGAUCCGGGGGUAUUUCAAUUGUAGUCAUGUUCUAUGGUGUGGUGGUAUGGGACCCUUGGCUUAUUGUAGCCCAAAUUGUUUGCCUUCAAUGUUUAUACUACCUUACACUUGGAGUCUUCUUGUCUUUUCUUGUCGGCACUCGUGUUUCUCGUAUGAGCUUGGUCUAUUUCUUUGACUUUGCUACUGUUACUACCUCUACCGUUACAGGCUGGUGUGUCAUUGCUUCGUUUCUGCUCAGUUCUAUAGCAGGAGCUGGUUACAUGCUUUAUUUGAUUGAAAGGGCGAAGAAGUGCUUAGAUUUUUCAGCCACCCUCUAUAUUAUCCAUCUUUUUAUAUGCCUCGUAUAUGGAGGUUGGCCUUCCUCAAUAACAUGGUGGGUUGUGAAUGGUACUGGAGUUGCAUUGAUGGCUUUGCUAAGUGAAUAUUUAUGCAUUAGACAGGAAUUGAGAGAGAUUCCCAUGAUGUGAUACCAAUCAAAUGUUUGACUGACAAAGAAUCAGGCGUGAAGAAACUCCUUGUGGCAUUAAAAUUCUUUGUUUUUCACUGCUUUGGAGGAGCUGAAGGAUAUAAUUCUUUAGAUAUCAAAUCUUAUCCGCAAUGAGAAAAAACUGACUUUAGUUUAUGGAAUCUAUUUGCAGUGCUUCUGGAGACAAUAUAGAAGUGCUUCUGAAGAUGAUAGAGAGCUACCUAAAAGUUUGGGAUAAUGGUGCUCCAGUGAAUUGAAGCUGGGGUGCAUGAGGCUAUGUAUACAUUUGUGCAAGGGCAAUCUAAAGGUACAACUACAUGUGACUUUGAGAACUGUUAAUGCACUCACUGUUUUCUGAUUCUAUCUGCAUGGUUGAUUAGUUUUUCAUUCUUUAAUACAUUGUUCGGUUGAGUUUUUAGGUCUGCAUAUGAUUUGAGAAAUUUGGGGUUAAUCUAAAAAUUUGAGCAUACACUACUGACUACUGACUGCUGAGUUAUCUGACCUGCGUUUCCCAACCAUGUCAAUUUCUGACCUUCAGGGAGUAAUUCAAACUUGAGAUCCAUGUCGAUCAUGUCUUGCGACUUAAGAUCAUGACCAACUGCCUAAA